CGCCCACUCUGCCCCCGGCCCCGGCCCCGCCCCCGGCCAUGGCGGCUGCCCGGCCGCUGCAGCUGACGCUGGCGCUGCUCAAGCCGGACGCGGUGGCCCAUCCGCUGGUGCGCGAGGCCGUGCACGCCGCCAUCCUCCGUCACCGGUUCCUCAUUGUCCGCGCCAAGGAGCUGCGGUGCGGCCCGGAGCAGAGCCGCCGCUUCUACCGAGAGCACGCAGGGCGCUUCUUCUACCAGCGGCUGGUGGAGUUCAUGGCCAGUGGCCCCAUGUGGGCUUACAUCCUAGCCCACGAGAACGCUGUCCCUCACUGGAGAUCCCUGAUGGGACCCACUAAAGUGUUCCGAGCCCGACACAGCGACCCAGACUCCAUCCGAGGUGCCUAUGGCCUCACAGACACCAGGAACACGACCCACGGCUCAGACUCGCCUGCCUCAGCCAGCAGAGAAAUUGCCUUUUUCUUCCCCGAGUUCGACGAGCGGCACUGGUACGAGCAGGACGAGCCGCGGCUGCGGCGCGGGCAGCUGUACUACAGCGCCGAGGAGCGCGUGCACCGCGCGGCGCAGGACGCAGAGGUGACCCGAGCCGCCCCGCAGGGCCUGCUUGGCUGAGCUGGCAGCGCCUGUCAGCGCUCUCGGGCACAGACAGAGCUGUGCCCUGCUUCGGGGAGUGUGCCAGAGAGAAAGCCUCAUGCACACUGUGCUGCCUGAGAUUAGGUUGUGCCACCUGGGAUCGGAUUAUUGGUGUAACAGGCAGAUGCUGGGGGACCGUAGGAAGAAUUCCCCCAGUAGUGCUCGUGCUGACAGGGUCUGGCCAUGCAGCUCACUGGCCCCCUGAAUUUGUUUGGGUGGGACCAGGACAGGUGAGUUGGUCAAGGGCCAGGUGAAGGAUGCGUUGCUUGUUCCAGGUGGGAUUGGCCUGGGUUUGCUGAUGGGAAGCCUCAGGUUCUCUCUGCUAGCUGUUCCCAUGGUGCCUAAGGGAGAAAAGAAGGAAAAAGAGCAUGAAGUAGGGCAUCAGCAGGGCAACAUGAACUGUCCUGUCCUUGCUCACCUGCAACUGGACUGGGAAAUGAGGAGCUUUGCUAAUUGCUCUUCAUGUGAGACCCCUUGGAGCCCUCAGUGUCCAUGGCCUGACUGGGCGCCGGGUCAGUUCCGUGUCCUUGGGAAAUGGGAUGGACAAGGCCAUUGAAUUACCCAGAUACAUGAUGGAAUGAUGACAGAGCCGUGCAGGAGGGCUUAGUUGGGAGGUAGAGCCAGGUCCUGCCAGGCUGAUUUGUGUUUCUCUCUGUGAUGCCGUGUGAGAUGUGUUCCUGGACAAGGUUUCAGUCCAUUUAUGCUGUCUCCCUAUGGCCUCCCUGCAGUGCUGCCAUUUUAGUUACAGUGCCUUGUUGUACUGAGGGAAUUUCCUUUGGGCAGUCCCAAAUGCUCAGGCUGGAGGAGGUGUGCUGUGCUUGGGGCAGGAAAGCUGAGCCAAGAUUCACCAGUGCCCUGGUACAUCACAGAGCCAAGGCAGGGACUCUGCAGGUGCUUCCAGAACUCCGUGAGGUGUUGGGGGGUGACUGACAAUGCUCUGUGGUGGAAGGCACUGCCCAGAGCUCCCAUGGUUAAACUCAUCCAUGUUUAUGUUCCCUCCUCCUCCUAUCUGGGAUCAAAUGGUUGUUGUUCUGUUCCAGGUACAGAUCCAGGGAUCUGCGGGACAUCACUGCUGUCCCUGUCCUCAGCAGUGUCCAGAGUGGAUCUGCUCAGGAUCCUGUGUGUCUUCACACAGGUCUGAGAGCUGCUGUCCCCAGUGCUGUUGAUACUUUAUUGAUAUUUGGUCAGUUGUUUUAUUGAUUCCCAGAGGUUUUGCUCAGAUCUGUGUGUUUUUCUUGUAACUAUUAAACUUUACUAUUUUUCACCUUU